ACGAAAAUUAAAUCUAAUAUUGUCAUUUAGUGGUAAAAUUUUGCUACCAUUAAAUAUUUGGUUCAUUUUGCUGGAGUGGUUUUACUUUUUCUUUUUUUUUUUUUUGAAGUAUUUGAAAGUUAAUGUUCUUGAUAUUAUUUAGCAUUAUUAUUUAACUAUAAAAAAAAGGCUAAAAUUCCUUACAAAAAUACAAAACAAAGCUUCGUUCUCUCGUCUUUUGGCGCGCUAGUUCAUCAAACUGACGAGUGGAGAAGCAAACGAGCGGAGAAAAUUGUUGGUUGAUAGCAACUGCGUAUUUGGAAUGGAAAGCAAUGGAACUGAAUUCAAUGGCAAACGCCCGAAAUUAGCUGUGGAAGAGCAGGUAAGUGAUACAGACAUGUCCAACCUUGUAGAAAACGAACAGUGCGAAACGAUCAUUAAGGGUUCCGAGGAGAUGGAAUCGAAUAUCGCUUGCCUACUUGAAAAAAUCGAAAGCUUCACACAGCUGGUGUCUGAACUGCUGGAGUCAGGAAAGACUGCUUUUAAAGAUCUUAGUAAUGAAUUUGAAGAGCGAAUCAUAGCCAUUCAUAAGGAUCAUGUUGAAAAAUGGCAAGAUGAGAUUAAAGAGCUGCGGUUGAUUGAUUCAUCAAAUGAGGAAGCCAGUACUAUUUUAUGCAAUGCUCGAAAUUUACUUCAGAAUGGUCAGAUCCAGUUUUGAAGGUAACUUCAAAUAUUGCUACUAUGUGUUUCUUCUAGUCCAUAAUUUUUAGAUGGUUCAACUUCUGAUACCUUUGUUAAGUGCAAAUGAAACUAGUUCACUGAAUCGCUAUAGUUUUGCUUCCUAGUCAACAUGCUGGUAUAGAAAAAGGAUCAUCUUAUCAUGAAAGUAUUUCCUUCUCUACUCUAAUUUUUACAGGAAAAGAAAAUUGCAUGUUUGUGAAAGAUUUCGAAAAUGUUAUAUCUUGUACGAAAUCACUUCAAAAUAAGCUUUUACUUCAUCAAAAUCAAUUUGAUAUUUCAAAUAUAAUUAGUUUUCAUGAUUAAAAGCAUGUUUUGUUGUGAUUUUAAAAACGAAAAAAGUUAUUUUAACAACUUUAGAACCAUUCCAAACAUACUCUUCAGAUUGUAUUGAAAUUCUGAAAUGUACUUCCUGGCAAAUACUGUUUUUAAUCUUUGUAAAUUUGUUGAGGUAAACCAUUUUCUGCCAAUUGAUUUGAGGUGAUCUUUACACACUUUUUUACUACAUUGGUACAAGUAAGCAUUGGACGUUUCAUAACAUUUUCAUUAGUUUUUCUUUUUUUGGGUGAGUUUUAAUUUUCAGCACCUAAUUAAACCCAUAAGCUAGGAUAAGUCAUUGGUGCAAUCAAAUUAGUUAGGCCAAUUAGUUUAGCAAAUGGGAUUUGUUCCUUGAAUAUCUAUCUGCUUAUCUCACAAUAAAGUUUGAGCAGCUGAAAGGGUCAUUAGUGGGCUGUUUACAUGUUUGGUUAUAAUUUUGCUACUUCUAUAUGAGUUUGUUUAUUCAUAUAAAUGAACAAAUUACAUUUCUUUUGUUCA